CCUGAGCCAGGCCAGUGCAUGGAGUCCUCAGGGCAGAGUACCAGCCUGCUGAUAAGGUCUUGCUUCCCUCCUCAGGCCACUUAAGGGACGCUGACCUCUCUUCUUUGGGAUUCCCCUCUCAUCUGCCUCAAAGUGUGUUUGCCCCCUCUGGUGGCCCCUGAAAGAGGCAGCAGAGGGGGGGCAGCUUUUGAUGUGGAAGGUACCAGAGCCUGGGGACCUGGAGGAGAUGAGAAGACAGAAGUGCAGAUGAAAAGCAGGUUUGAUCCAAUCCCCCUCCCCUAUUCUUGGCUGAAUCAGGAAAAAUUUCAAGAGGACUUGCAUCUGCUUCUUGGGAGCUAACUAUGCAACCUUCUCUCCAGAUGGGGCCCCAUACUCAGCUUCAUCCUAUGGGUAUGAACACCUGCUCUGCUCUUCCAUGGUAUCUACCUCUCUUUUUCCUCUUCCUUGUUCUCCCUUGGAUCCAGGGAGCCUUGAAAGACUCUUCUCAGCUCUCCUGUUUCUAUAACUCAAGAGCCAACAUCUCCUGCACCUGGAAGCCAGAAUCUACUCUGAAGGUUGAGCAAUGCCGUCUCUAUGCCAAGCCCAAGCAACGGGCACGGAAUCGAAGCUGUGAGCUUCUCCAUGUGGAACCGACACUCUUGGCUUGUGAUUUGAUCUUGGGAGAAAUCAAUACUCAAUCUCUGACUGCUGCUGAUGUUCUGGUCAUGACGGUGAGCUGUCUAACCGGGGGCAAGAGGAUAGUGAGGGAAGAGGAAUUCAGACCCUUUGAUAAAAUUCGACUAAUGGCCCUCAGUAACCUCUCCCUAAAUCAACAAGAAGAACAUGCCUACAAUGUGUCCUGGGAAGUCCCUGUAUAUUCCCACUACCUGGAGGGACACCUGAUAUUCGAGGUCAGAUAUCAGAUUCAGGGAAACUCCUGGGAGAAAGCCACCACGCUGCCCAUAACUCAAGACCAGAGGUGGGUCUACCUUGAAAAACUCUCUCCUAACACAAAAUAUGAACUCCAGGUCCGAGGCAAAUCAAAAAAAAAUGGGUCUUCAGGAAUCUGGAGUCCCUGGAGCCCGACCCUCAUCUUCCAGACAAAACCACAAGAGUUCAUCUUCAAGUGGCUGUUCCAUUUAAUCAUGGGUCUAUGUGGUGUUGUCAGCAUCUUCCUUAUGCUCCUGCUGGUACCCAGGUGGUACCCCCAGAAAUGGUUGAAGAAGAUUUUAAAAUGUCACAUUCCAGACCCUUCCAAAUUCUUUUCCGCAUUGAGCACAGAGCAUGGAGGAGAUUUCCAGAAAUGGCUUUCUUCUCCUUUUCCUACUGCCUCCUUCGCCACCAGUAUUUUGGCUCCAGAAAUCUCUCCACUGGAGGUGAUGCAGAAGGAAGACCCAAACCUGAACUUGUUGCUCUCCAAGGAUCUGGUUCCAGCUUAUCGAUCCCCAGAGACCAGUGGUCACUCCCUCUCCAGUUGCUUCACCAACCAGGGUUAUUUUUUCUUCCACCUUCCUGAUGCUCUGGAGGUUGAAUCCUGCCAGGUAUAUUUUACCUAUUCGCCUUUCGGUGAGGAAGAGGAAGAGAACAAAGAGGAAGGGGAACAGGGCUCCCUGAUGCCCCAGCUGCCUCCUGGAGGACCUGAGGAUGACUCAUACUGCACAUUUCCCCCUGGAGAUGACAUGAUCCUCUUCUCCCCCAGGCUUUUUAACCCUGGGAAUAACCUGGGACCCCAAAGCAUCUCUUUCUUAGGAAAGGAGGACAAAAAGGAGACUUCCCCUCCUGAAGAGGACACAUCAUCCUAUGACCCCAGUUUCUCAAGGCCCCAGAAUUCUUUGGAUUCAAGACCUGAAUCAAGCCAGGAUGUGCACCUUCCUUUAGGCCCUGGGUUGGAGCCGGCCACUCCAUAUCCUUGGGAUGCUUCCCCUACACCAGACCAGACUAACACUGUCUCUUCUUCCAACCCAGCCCUAAACACUGGUGCCUACCUCUCCCUGGGAGAACUUCAAAAUCAAUACCACACCCAUUCAACCUAAGCAGAGAAGCUUCUCCAAGAGAGGAAGAGGAGGGGAAUUCAGGAAGAUCCCCAAGAUUCAGGAUACCUUCAGGACAGUAGGACAAGAAGAGCUAUUUGUAAGCAAAAGGCUGGAUUUGACUCCAGAAGGCUGGGCCUCAUACCCCGACUUUGCUCUUUGACCAUCACUUUUCUUAUUUGUAAAAUAGAGAUCAUACAAAACAAUAGCGAUAAUAGAAUUGAUUAAAAUACAUAAGCUUAGAAAUUAUAUUACUCUAAGAAAUACAAUGAAUUACUUUCAAUAUUAACUGAUAUACACCAAAGAUAAGCUAACUAUUUGAAGAAAAAAGCUAAAGAAAUUAAACAGAGAAAAAAACUUCAAAUUAUAAUAGUGGGGGAUCUCAAUGUAACUUUUUCUAUUAUGCAAAUCCCUCUUUUAAAAAAUUCAAAAAAGAGAAUAAGGCCUUUGAGGAGAAUUUCUAAGUUAGAUAUAACAGCUCUCUAGUGAUUAUUAAAUGGGAAUAGAAAGGAGUAUACAUAUACUAAUGUGUGCCUGGUUUAGUUACAAAAAUAGAAUAUGUAUCAGGUCAGAAAAAUGACAAAAAAUACAAAAAAUCAGAAAUAAUAAAUAUAGUCUUUACUGAUCAAAACACUAAAAAUUAUUCUAUAAAAGCCCAUUAAAGAAAUGAUUAAAAUUUACUGGGAACUAAAUAAUUUAAUCCUAGAGAAUUAGUAUAUCAAAUAACAAAUUACUGAAACAAUAAAACAAGACAUUGUGGAGACACAUACCAAAAUUUGAAAUAGUUAGUCAGAGCAGUCGUUAAGGGAGAGUGUCCAUCUUCAAACAUUUUCAUCAACAAAAGAAAAAUAGAAGAGAUCAAAUUAGGCACAUAAUUAAAAAUUUUUAAAAAUCAACAAAAAUUUAAAAC